UCACAACACACACAUGUGUGCUGCACAAGUGUGCGUGUAGUUCGUAAAAAAAACUCGCACAGCUAGUCAUUCAGAAUAAAUAAACAAAUAACCGAACUAAACAGCCAAAGGAAAAUGUCGACAAGUAAAAGCAAGCAUCGAGAAUGCAACAACGACAGUCCCAUCAAAAUGCUCGAGAAGCCAACAGAUGACCAGUCGGAUGACCAGGCCGGGGACAGUCCGCCAGUGUUGAGUCCUGACCAGACACAAAGUAGCGCUCAAUUGGAUUUAUUAGAGUUUCUGAACACGCUUGAGGAAGUGCCCCACGAAUUAGAGAGCCUUAGUCCGUCAGAGACCAUCAUCCUGGCGGAUGGGGUUACGAGCAUCGAAGUGAAGCCGCUAGUGUCACAAAUGUCAGCCAUGUCAGCCAUGUCCGCCAUGUCAGCUAUGUCAGCCAUGUCAUCCAUGUCAUCUAUGCCUUCCAUGUCAUCUAUGCCCGUGCCUUCCAUAGCACCCGUUCCGCCCCUGCCACCCGUGCCCUCCAUACCAGACGUGAGCGCUCUGAAGCCCAUUGCGCCUCCUGCAUCGAAGCAGCCGCUGCAAACGCUGCUGAGCCACCACUUCACCCACAAGCUGCAUUUGGCGGCGAGCAGCGAGCACGUGCCGUUCAUCAACUGGACGACGGACGGUAAGCAUUUGCAGCUGGACUAUAUCGGGCUGCAGGAUCAUCUGACCGGCAGCCAGUGCAUGUUUCGCAGUCGCAGUGUAUUGCAGUUCACCCGCCAGCUGACGGACAUGGGCUUCGAGCGGACGCUGCUGGAGCAGGAGCAGCAGGAGCUGGAGCACGGCGGCCGGCUGCACCUCUACUACAAGCAUGAGCACUUCAAUCCCUACCAUUCGGAGCAGCUGCUGCUGAUACCGACGCCGACGCCACAGAGGGAGCGGCAGCCAGCACCAAAGACGCAAAGGACGCGCAAUGCAUGUUUACCCAAAGGCGGCGGCAAGGAGCCGCCACAUCGGAGCGCCUAUACGCCGCUGCAGCUCGCUCGCUUUCGUUUCCACACCCUGCUGAACUACCACAACGAUGUGCGGCUGCUCCAGGAGCGGGAGCCCAUCGCCGAGCAGCUCCUGCCACGACGCGGACGCAUCAGCAGCAGUCGACAGGCGGCGCAGUCGGCUCUGGCGCCGGCGCUGGCCUCCAAGCACAUAAAUCCGCGCGACUCUGUGCUGCACUUCGACGCCGGCAAGGUGCCCGACUAUGCUGGCUUCUAUGGCCCCGUGGAGCCGCCGCUGAUCAGUGAGUUCUUUGCGGAGUAUCUGCCGCGCUACGGCGCCAGCACCAGUGGCUACAAGGACAUCGUGGUGGAUGCCAGCAAGGCCAACUCCUUCCAGCAGAACUUGCCCAUCGGCGUCGCCUACUCAGAGGAUGAGGAUGACGUCAUCGAGAGCGGCAGACACGAGCCGAGCACGCCGAGUGCCGUGAGCGAACCGGAUCAAUCGCAGGCGAGCGAGAGCUUCCAUCUGCCACCCGAGGAUAUCGAGCUGGAGCAGGUCAUGCAGGAGCUGUGCGAACAGGCGGACGGAGAUGUGGAUGUGGAGCUGGAGUUGGAUGCCGAAAAGAAGGAAGUGACGCCAGUCAAGCCCAAGCUCAAGCGAAAAAAGCUGGCGAGAAAGUGUGCCAUGACGGAUGCCGAGCUGGAGCAGGAGCCCGUGGAUGAGCACUGUGAGGAUCUGUUGCAGGCAGCUGCUGCCGCUGCGGCCUGCAUCAAGGAAGAGCCCAAGGACAAGGACGAGGACAGCAGCAGCAACAACGAAGCAGACAAGGAACUGAAAUGCCAGCCAGCCACAAAGAUUGGAGUCAAGCGACGUCGCUACGAUCUGCGCAACUCCAAGUCGAAACGAGCUCGCUGAGAAAG